CGAACUUCUUCCUCUACCAUGACGAUGGUAACAGACUCGGGCAAUCAUAAUUUGGUCCUAAAAAAUACCAACAGCUUUGCUUCGAACGAAUCUACCCUUCUCUCCUCCCAACUUCCAAUCUUUUCCACCCUUCGCCGUGCACUAUGGCAUCGCCACUUUCACCCACAAAGCAAUCGACCCUGAACCUCGCUACACCGCCCACCAGCCGGCGUCACUUCGACCAGUACGAAGUUCAUGUAUACACGGAGCAAUCCUCCUCCUCCUCCUCCACAACCACCACCACCACCUCUACCACCCCCCCAUCCUACGCUACCACUGCCACUACCAGUUCCUCUGCCGCCGUCCAUCUCGAAAUCGACGCUGGUCCAUCCUCAAGACCCGGCAAGGAGAACGUCAUGUCCCCUCCUAAGCAACGGCAUUCCCGCAUCAUGUCGGGCAAUGAAUUGUCCCCACUGAAGAUCCUCAGCGCGUCAGAACCGAAUUUCGACCGCCAACUAUCUUCCCCAGCACGUGCCUCCCGCAAGAGCAUCCUCUCUCCCGAAAAGCGCUUCCCCGUCAGGAGUUCACGGUCAGGUUCUCGCGAGAGGACCGUGAGCUUGGAGGAUGCGAUCUUUGAAGAUGACGAUGACGAGGGCAAGGACAAGGACGAGGACAGGGAUGUCGGUGCCCAUAGCCCUCAAUCCGUGGACAAGAUGAUGCACCAUGACAACUCAUUCGAAGCGGCUCUUGGUCCAGACGACACCAUGAUGAGCGCCUUUAGUACCUUCUCCGCUGUUCCCGAAAUGACCAUGCUCGCCAAAUUCGGCAACAGCCCUACCAGACCCGACCCCUCGCCCUCACGAACCGCUCGCCCCAUGUCCGUUCAACAAGACUCGUCGGGGAACACCACAAACCUCCUCAUGGACUUUACCGACCAGCUUCGCUUCCCCGGAAGAGCCAACGGCAGGCCAACCAAUACCUCCUCCCCGCCGAACAACCUCAACGGCUUCGCCAACAGCUACAUGGCUACCCCGGCUCGGGCAGCCCAGAGCCUCCUCGACUUUGAUAUCCCCCCCAUGCCCACCCCUCGCAGCAUUCCCACCGUCACCCCACGCGAACUAGAAAGUCUCAAGUCCAGCUUCCUCUCCGAGAUCAGCAGCCUCAAGGCCUCCCUGAGCGGCAAGGAGGCCGAAGUCCAAUCCCUCAAGACGGCCGUCGGCGAUGCCGAGAAGCGCGUGGGCGAGAGCAUGGAGCGGGUGCGGGAGGUCGAAUCGGAGCGAGAGCAGCUCGUGGCCGAAAAGGAAGGCUGGGAAAGGCGCAGCCGCGAGAUGGAAUCGGUGUUGCGAAGCGUCAAGGAGGAGAUUGUUCUGGGCCAGCGCGAGCGCGAAGAGCUCGAAUACAAGCUCUCCGAGAGCGAGCAGCGUCGCGAGGCGGCCGAGACGAUGGCGCAGGAGGCCGAGAGCAAACUCGCCGGCAUGCGCGCCGGACGGGCGACCGAGGAGAACGCGCGGGACAAGGCGAGGAGCCCCGGGGGGGGCAAUGGCAACAGCAGCAGCAGCAGCAACAACAACCAGAAUGCCUCCAGGGAGGUCGAGAUGGCCGUGGAACGGGUGGCACGCGAGCUGCAUGCCCUCUACAAGAGCAAACACGAGACGAAAGUGGCGGCACUCAAGAAAAGCUACGAGGGCCGGUGGGAGAAGAAGGUGCGCGAGCUGGAGAACAAGCUCGGGGAGCUCGGCGAGGAGAACGAGCGGCUGCGGCUGGGACGGGACGCCACCAUGACCCGGGUCGACCACCACAUGCAGGCGGCCGAGGAGGAGCGCAAGGCGCAGGCCAUCCACAACUCGGCGCAGAUCAAAGAACUGGGCGCCGAAGUCGACAAGCUCCAUGCGGUCCUGCGGACGGUGCAGGACGACAACGCGGAACUACGGGCCCUGCUCGAGACGGAACGCGUCGAGAAGGGCGAGCUGGUGAUGCUCGCCGAGGAGAUGAUGGCCAUGCAGACCACCGUUGCCUCGCCCGCGCAACCCAGCACGGUCAGGAAAACGCAGCCGAUGUCGGCGGCGGCGGCGCCGCCGCCACCACCACAACCGUCAUCGGAGCCGACGCAGGCGCGGACGCCGGGUAAGAUGAGGACACCGGGACCCGCGUCGCGGACACAGGCGCAGUCGGGCAACGAGAACCUGCGAGGUAGCAUCUCGCGGCCCUCGGGUCUCAAGGCGCCGGGAAGCUCGAUCGUGAUGCCCGGACGGGGCGGCGCGGCACAGCACGAGAGGACGAGGAGCGGGGCGGGGCCCGGGUUGCCCAGGCCAGGAAGCGGGUUUGGUCCGCGGAGCGGCAUCAUCAGCAAUAUUGAAAGGAUGGGGAAUUACCGAGGCCGGGGAGAAUAA